GCUCUUCCCCCUCCUUUUAUUAAGCUUCUUCUCUUUAUUAUCUAUUUUCAAAUUAUAACCUUUGUCUCUCUCUCUCUCUCUCUCUCUCUCUCUCUUUCUCCCCAUCGCAGAGAGAGAUAUAGAAGUAAUAAAGAGAAGAGAUUUAGUGUUUGUGAAGGAGGUGAGAUUAACAGAGUUUAAUUUAAUCAAUAUCGAUGGGGGGCUGUGCGACUAAGCCUAAGGUCUUGAAGGGAGACGAUGAUAUCGCACCUGAACAGGCACCGGCACCGGCACCGGAACCAGAACCGGAAACUGCACCCAAGGAGGAGGGUUCUGAAGGGAAGGAGGUUGUCAAUUUGGAAGAAGCAAAGGACACCACCAACACCCAUGAAGAAGGUGACAAGAUCCAAGAAGGGUCAGGGUCUGAAGAAAAGGUUGAGGAAGACGAGGGUAACAACAAGCCACGCUCUCUGAGUAACUUGUUCAAGGAGAGUGAACAAGAGAAAGAAUCAUCAGGAAAUGGUGAUAAAACAAUCCAAACAACCCUUCCUUCUGAGCCAGAGAAAUAUGAAGGAAAUCCCAAUACUGAGGCAUCAACCACAACCACAACCACCACCACCACCACUACCACUCCUCCCACGGCUGAAUUCGAAUCCUCCCCAGUGGUUGCCACCGCUUUUGAAGAAAAACCAGUCACCACCGUAGCCGACCUUCAAAAAGGAAAAACUGAAGAGAGUGAACCAGAGAAAGACUCAUCAAGAAUUGAUGAAACAACCCAAACAGAAUCACUUCCAUUGGAGUCGGUGAAACAUGAAGAAAAUCCCAAGAUCAAGACCACCACCACAGCUCUUACUGCAGAUGAUGAAGUUGAAUAUUCCACUCCUCCUGCGGUUGAGUUGGAAUCCACCCGAGACGUCGACGUCGACGUCGCCGCCGCCGUUGCUACUUCUGAAGAAAAACCAGUCACCACCGUAGGUGAAGUUCAGACGGGAAACACUGAGAAUGAUCAAAAGGAAAAGAGAAAGGAAGAGGAGAGCGUAGCUGCUGCCAAGGAUAUUGGAGUAAUAGAGAAGGCAACAAAAGAUGAUAAAAUACAAUAAAAAAUGGAGUACAGGGAGAGGUCACUGGAGUUAUCCCCAUUAUAUUAUGUCCUUUGAAAGAUGGGAUUUGUUUCUAUUGUUUCUAGACCAUAUGGGUUCUUUCAUUUUGUUUAAUUUGUUUAAUUUCCCCUUUUUAAUUCAUUCAAAUCGAUAAUAGAUUCUUCACUUUCUUU